GAGCCGGGCAGCGCCGGGGCGAUGCUUCCCCUGUGGAAGGCCGUUCUCUCGGAGACUCUCCUGGGCUACAUUUCUUGGUCUCUUUACCAUGCACUGCCACCAAUGAUCUACUACUUCCCCCUUCAGACACUGGCACUCACAGGCCUAGAAGUUUUUGCUGUUGCCUUCUUUUCCCCAAUACUCUUGACAAUUGGCCCUUUUUGGAGGUUGGCUAACAAUGAGUAUGUCCUAGCCUUUCUGAGAUUGACUGUGGUUGGAAGUUUAGCAUCAUACCAUGCACCAAAUGCUUUAAUUAGAUUACUUAUCUUGGCUGCUGGUGUUUCUUCUUCAUUGCUGGUUCAAACAGUAACAUGGUGGUCUGGAAACAGUUUACAAAGGUUCAUCAGGAUAUGGGGCUUCAUGCUCGGCAAGAUAAUGCUCCUUGUUCUUCGUAUCUGGUACACAUCACUUAAUCCAGUCUGGAGCUCACAAGUUGCCAAUACUAUCAUACUGACAAUUGGUUUUGUAGCAGCCUUGGAGCAAAUUCUUUCAGGUGGAAACAAGAGGAAACAAGAAACAAACAAAACUGGUAAUGUGGUUAGAGAGACUGCUUCCCAUCCUCAUUGGUUUUUAUCAGGGAUUGCUUUUGGCAGCCUCAUGUUCCUCACUCUGUGGAUAUUUGGGGAGGUUUCUUUAAUUUCUAGAUGGGCAGUAAGUGGACAUCCACAUACAGGUCCAGAUCCUAAUCCAUAUGGAGGUACAGUUCUGUUGGGCCUUGCUCAUGGAUUGAUGCUUUCAUUUUGGAGCUGGUCUUCUGUCAUCAGUUUUGCCUUGUUUCUCAUAGGUUUGGCAUCUUCAGCUGGUCUCCUUUAUUUACAUACCUGGAGUGCUGCUGUUGCAGGCAACAUUCUUGGUCUCUUUACUAUGUGUGUGUGGCCUCAACUAGCUGGACACUUUGUCAGCUGUCUGCAUCCUGGGAAAGCCAUGAGUACAGCCAUGUUUGCCUAUGUUCUUGAAUUAUUCUUCUGUGUAUGGUGUACAGCUUAUAAAUUUGUACCUGGAGGAGUUUACCUUAGAGAAAGCUCCCAUCUUCUUCUAGGUACAUUUGUGGUAAUGAACAAAUACAAAUAUGCUUGCUUUAGCCUGAGGCAGACAUGUGAAAUGUAUCUAGUAUAUAAAGAGUCUUUUCAAAUGCUCAGUUACUGUUUACUUGCUUACUGUGGUAAGAAUUUCAGUGCAAAAAUUAAUGAGACAUGCAAUCUACUUGUUUUUUACUGGUAGAAAUAGUCUAAGAUGUGGACAGAAAAUUGAAUUCAGUAAAGGGAAAAUGAUAAAGUGGAAAAAUGUCUGAUAACUAA